GCGACGGUCCCUCCCAAUCUGCUCUGCCCCGGCUCUCUGCUCUGCUUCUCCCCUCCCUCCUUAUCCUCCGCUCACACACAGCAUGGUUAGCGAGCAGACGCCUGCGGCCAUGGAGCCGGAGCUGGAGAGCGGCGACGCGACCACGCCCGUCGCCGUCGUAGACGUCAAGGCCGAGGACGACGGCGCGCCCGUCGUCGAGGACGUCAAGGAGGGCGGCGACGAAGACGACGAGGAAGAAGAGGAAGACGAUGAUGAAGAAGACGAGGAGGACGACGGCGAGCUAGGUGUGGCCGGGAUCGAGGGGUCGAAGCAGAGCCGGAGCGAGAAGAAGAGCCGCAAGGCCAUGAUGAAGCUCGGGAUGAAGCCCGUCACCGGGGUCACCAGGAUUACCAUCAAAAGAGCCAAGAACAUACUGUUCGUGGUGUCGAAGCCGGACGUGUUCAAGAGCCCGACGUCGGAGACGUACGUGAUCUUCGGGGAGGCCAAGAUCGAGGACCUGAGCUCGCAGCUGCAGGCGCAGGCGGCGCAGCAGUUCAGGAUGCACGACCUCAGCAAGGCCAUGGCCAAGCCGGACGGCGGCGCCGCCGCCUCCGGAUCCGCGGCCGCCGAAGAGGAAGAGGAGGCCGUGGACGAGACGGGCAUCGAGGCCCGCGACAUCGACCUCGUCAUGACGCAGGCCAGCGUCUCCCGCGCCAAGGCCGUCAGGGCGCUCCAGGCCCACGACGGCGACAUCGUCAGCGCCAUCAUGGAGCUCACCGCCUAGGCGCCUAGUAAUUUCGUCUUUCUUUCUGCCGCCAUCAUCGUGUGGUGUGUUUCUGCAAUUCUGCCCCUGGAUUGAUUUGUGUCAAGUUCGUUCUUCAUUUUGCGUUGGUUGCACCAUGUUUUCAGCUUCCAGAAUAGCGUUGCAUUUUCAGUGGUCGGAGCAUGGCUUUGUAAG